AUGACCGAAACUCCGCCGCCCUCAGAAACGGCCAGUGGCUCGGGCGAUCAGACGCCGCCAAAUAUAAAUUCGCCAAGACCAGACCCACAAGUUCAGCCGGGCCAGAAUACACUGGCAAUGUUGAAGAAUCACAAAAGUUCGGACGACGAGGAAGACGAGAAAAUAAUCAAAGUGGUGAUUUUGGGCGAUGGAACAUGCGGAAAGACGUCUUUAUGCACACGAUUUGCUCAACGAGACUUCACGGGGAAGUACGCACAGGUACGAGAAAAGUUUUUUAUUGCAGACGAGGCUUUACAGCAUGUGAAAUAACCAUUUCAAUUUUUCAGACAAUUGGAGUCGACUUUUUCAACCGACGAAUAGCAAUGCCGCAUGGAGUCAAUGUUCUUUUUCAGGUGCGUUGAACACCCAACUUUUCAUGCUCUUGCAUUUUAGCUCUGGGAUAUCGGUGGCCAAAGUUUAUCAACCAACAUGCUGGGGAAAUAUAUCUACGAUGCAGAUUGCAUAGUAUUCGUCUAUGAUGUUACAAAUUCCGCGUCCUUCGAUAGUGUAACGGAUUGGGUUGGAGUUGUGAAGAAGAUCAACAAACAUCAGGAAAAGGUAAAUAGAGCCAUUUGGAAUAAGCUCUGUCUUUUUAAAAUACGGUAUUUAUUAUAUUAUAGUUAUAAUUUUUGGGCGAGCUCCACAAAAAGCAGUAAAAUAUUUAUAUUAUUGGCUCAUUUUUAGGGAGUUCACAUGGCAUUAGUUGGAAAUAAGACCGACCUGGAGCAUCGGCGGACAGUUCGGAUCGACAAACACACUCGAUUUGCUGACCAGUACGUCAUGAGCUCGCAUUAUGUCUCCGCAAAGACUGGAGAUUCCGUGGAUCUCUCUUUUAAGUAAGUAGGCUCUAGAUAGCAACUCGUUAAAGUCCAACACAGCUUGUAAGAUAACUCUUGAAUUUCAGGUUAAUCGCAGCGGAAGUUAUGGGGAUCCAGUUGACAAAAACUGAUGUUGAACUAGCCAUAAACACUGUUGAAGCGCCCGUAGCAGUUCUAGAUGACAACGCACCACAUCGUGAGCCAGAAAUCGCCAAGAAAACCAAUAUACCGCAAGUUCAUGGCACUGUAACAACACACACGGCAGAAGAAGUGGACACGACCAAAGAUUAUACGAAAGAAAGCAAAGUUUGCUCGGUUAUGUGA